UUCGCCCAUUUGAGGGUGCUAGCGCCAGCAAACAUGCGGCUACGCUUGUUCUGGAUCGCCUUGCUGGCUGUCGCUCGUUCAGUUCUGGCUGACGAGGGAUAUAAUUAUCCCAGACCAACAAAUGCGCUUGUACCAGGUGGUCCAGGAGGAGGCCCUGGCGCAAAACCAGGAGGAGGAUUUCCAGGUACGUCCGGUGGAUACCCAUCUGGUCCAGGUGUUUCUGGAGGACCGGGAGAACCAGGAAGACCGGGCGGUUAUCCAUCUGGUCCAUCAGGACCAUCAGGAUUUCCAGGUGGACGUCCAAGCAGUACACAACCAGGUGGGCAACAACCUGGAUUUCCAUCUAGCCAAGGGCCUUCUGGUGGAUAUCCUAGUGGACGCCCCUCCAUUCCAUUUCCGAGUGGCGAACCAACAGGCAGACCUGGUCCAGGAACAGGUGGGUAUCCAUCUGGUGGGCCAGGUGCACCGACCGGGCCGAGUGCACGACCAGGAGGAUUUCCAACAGGGCCAAGUACUGGAUAUCCUGGUAGCAGACCUAAUGGUCAAGCACCAAGCGGUUUUCCAGGUGGACAAAGACCUUCCGGAUAUCCAAGUGGACAACCAGAAAGUCCCGGAUAUCCUAGUGCACGACCGGGUGGACAAGGACCAAGCGAAGGAUAUCCCGGCGGUCAGAUUCCUGGAGGCUAUCCAAGUGGAAUGCAGAAACCUGGUGGCCCGGGAGGUGAAUAUCCUGGUGGAAGACCAAGCGCUGGCUAUCCAGGAGGUCCUCAGAGACCUGGCGGUGGUCCAAGUCCUCAGGGACCAAGUGGAUAUCCAGGACCGAGUGGCCCUCAAGGACCUGGAGGUCAGCAAGGUCCAGGUGGAACAUCUAUCGGCGGUUAUCCUAGUACUAAACCAGGAGGACAGAGACCAGGAGGCUACCCGAGUGGCCCAAGUCCGCAAGGACCAAGCGGUUAUCCUGGUGCCCCAGGACCACAAGGCCCAGGAUCGCAAGGACCAGGAUUUCCAACUGGACAAGGUCCACAAGGACCAGGAAGAUUUCCAAGUGGGCCAGGUCCACAAGGACCAGGAGGAUUUCCAAGUGGGCCAGCUCCACAAGGACCAGGAGGAUUUCCAAGUGGGCCAAGUCCACAAGGACCAGGAGGAUUUCCGGGUGGACCAAGUACUGGCCAUCCAGUAGGACCUGGAGAACAUGGAGGACCUGGGGAAUAUACUCAUGGUGACGAGGGAAGAUAUGAUGAAGGUGAUUAUUCAGCUAUUCCAGGCGAACCUGGUCGCGAUUAUCCCAUAUACAGUGAAAUUCCAGAAACUGGUUUUCGUUGCGAUGCACAACAAUUCCCUGGUUAUUAUGCUGACGUGGAAGCUCAGUGCCAAGUUUUUCAUAUAUGUGCCAAUAAUAAGACCUACGAUUUUCUUUGUCCAAAUGGAACAAUUUUUCAUCAGCAAUUCUUUGUCUGUGUAUGGUGGAAUCAAUUUGAUUGCAACUCCGCACCAAGUUUUUACUAUUUGAACGAGAACCUUUACGAUUAUACUAUUAUGGGAACACCUGGUCAAAGACCCGGUACUGAAGGACCUUCAGGACCUUCUGGACCUGGUACAUAUCCGGGAGGUCCAGGCGCUCCUGGUGGUCCAGGUGGUCCAAGUACUCCUGGUCCAAGUGGUCCAGGUGGUUAUCCGGGAAGCCCGCAACGUCCUGGUGAAAAACCUCAAGGUCCCUCGAGACCAGGCGAAUAUCCAGGAGAACCUCAAGGCCCAUCAAAACCAAGCGGAUAUCCGGGGAGACCUCAAGGCCCGUCAGGACCAGGUGCAUAUCCAGGAGGACCUUCAGGCCCGUCGGGACCAGGUAGAUAUCCAGGAGGACCUUCAGGCCCGUCGGGACCAGGUAGAUAUCCAGGAGGACCUUCAGGCCCGUCAGGACCAACUGGGCCAGGCGGUUAUCCAAGCGGUCCUCAAGGACCAACAGGUCCAGAAGGUCCAAGCGGUUUUCCAGGGCGACCUGGAGGCCCAGGACCACAAGGUCCAUCUGGUCGACCAGGACCCGCAUAUUUAGGUCCACCGGCAGGACCAUCAGGACCUCAAGUACCUCAAGGACCAAGCGGAACAGGCUAUCCCGGAAGACCUCAGGGGCCUUCUGGUCCUAGUGGACCUUCGACGAGACCUCAAGGACCUGGUGGUCCCAGUGGUUACCCGGGACCAAGCAGACCAUCUCCGGGAUAUCCAAAUGGCCAGCCUCAAGGACCUAGUGGACCCACGCGACCGCAGGGCUACCCAGGUCCAAGUACACCGAGUGGUCGUCCACAAGGACCUAGUGGACCAGGCGGAUAUCCCAGUGGUAGACCAAGCGGUCCAUCAUUUCCAAGUGGACCAAGCGGACCUACUGGGCCAGGCAUUGGAACAGGUUCACCAUUCCCGCCACAAGGCCCUCCGAAGCCAGAUCGUGAGUACUUACCGCCGCGGAUUGGAUAA